CAGAGCUCUUGUAACAAACGCUAGCCAAUUUUGUUUUCCUGUUGAACUGUAUUCCCGUGAAGCAAUAAAAGAUGGCUGUACCCGUGUACAGUGCAAUGAAACUCUACAUUUCUGCAGAUAAAUUCUACAUCGAACCGUGCGGGGAGAAUGUGAACGAGUAUAUGGUGAUAGAUCGGGCAUCUGCGAUAGCCGAAGUUCAAGAAAAAGAAGCCUUAUCCUACCCGCCGGAUUGCGAGCCACGAAUGAUCUACGGCAUUCUCGGCAUGUUAGAGCUUCCCAGCUGUAUGUACUUGUGCGUCAUUAUGGAUAAAGCUGCUGCCGGAAUACUCGAGGGUCACGAAAUCCAUCGGCUAACUUCGUACGCUAUGGUAUCACUGCGAACAGGCGGCGUACUAGAAGAGCAUCAGGACAGUACAUGCAUGAAGCUCGUACUUCAGGUACUGAACACACCGUUCUUUUACUUCUCCUAUUCGUCCGACCUUACGCACACGCUGCAACGCGCUCGGAAGGUUACCGGUACUAGCCUUUACGAGCGGGCGGAUACUCGAUUCGUUUGGAACUACGCCCUGCUCGAUGGCUGGUAUCGCUCCGACAUGUAUCGGUACUGCGUACCGCUGCUACACGGCUUUAUUUCCAUACACGAUAUACAGGUUAGCUACAAGAACGUUUGCUUUGUGCUAAUUUCACGGCGCUCGCGAGAGCGCGCUGGUACUCGGCUGUUCACACGGGGCAUCAACAGCAACGGUGAAGUUGCCAACUAUGUGGAAACGGAGCAAAUUAUCGCUUGCGGUGUAGACCGAGUUUCUUUUGUACAGACGCGUGGCAGCAUUCCGCUGUUCUGGCAACAAAUGCCCAACCUACGCUACAAACCUGCUCCGAAGCUGCUGAACGAUGUUGAUCAUUUGACCCCCUACUCGAAGCACAUCGACGAUCAACUCGCUCGGUAUGGGCGCCAGAUAUUGAUUAAUCUCAUCGAUCAGAACGGUGCCGAAAGUGAACUCGAGCGAGCGUUUCGAGCAAUGGUUAAAACGCAUGGAAAUCCAAACGUACGUUACGAAGCGUUCGAUUUCCAUCGCGAGUGCCGCGGCAUGCGGUAUGAUCGAAUAAGUUCAUUGAUCGCACGAGUCGCUAAAGAGCAAGACGAGCUUGGAGUAUUUCACCACCAGGUUGACGCGGAGGGCUUGGUGCUCUCGAAGCAGAAAGGAGUUUUUCGCACGAACUGCAUCGACUGUCUUGAUCGGACGAAUUUGUUCCAAAGUGUCCUCGCCCAACGCAGUCUGCAGCAAACGCUCGAGAAGCUGGACAUAGUCCGCUAUAUCGAGCCUACUUCGGCCUUAGCAACUAUCUUCAAAGCGGUAUGGGCCGACAAUGCAGAUCUCAUCUCACUACAAUACGCGGGGACACGGGCCCUCAAAACGGACUUCACGCGCACCGGGAAACGCACAUUAGCAGGAGCCUAUAAAGAUGGCAGGAACUCUUUGCGACGCUACAUCAAAAAUAAUUUCACCGAUGGGCGUCGCCAAGAUGGGAUUGAUUUCCUUCUCGGUACAUACCGCGAGCCGGAUACAGGGGCCGUAUUUCCUGUAAUGCAACCAUACAACCCCAAAAUCAUAAUCCUCAUUUGCCUGUUUGUAAUAACUUUCGCCGGGACGUUCAUGCUGCUCGUCUUUCCACAAGAGUAUACAGUAGCGAUAACACUGUGCAUCAUGGCCUGCUUGACAAUGGCAUUGCUGCUGUUCUACUAUUUGUAUAAGAACCGCUCCGCGAUGAUUGUUUGGCCGCAACUCGAGCGCCUGAAGGAGCAGUGAAUCGCUUACAAAGAAAUGCUUACGACUGCGGACGAACCAAGUCAUAUCGUUCGAUCCUGACCUACGGUCAGCUUAUUUCAUCGUUUUUUCACAUUCUACGACACAUCGUUUUUCUUUAGCUGCUGGGCAUGCUGGGCUGCCACAGACAGUCUUUAUCUGGACCUUCUAACUACAUUUCGUUCUUGCAUAUUAGUACUUAUGAUUAUAACGGUUAUUGUUAAAUGCGAUGACCAAUAUUCAACAUUUCCAACUCUCGUUUAGGAGCCAUAUUUCUUGUUCGCGCAUUUACCGAAAGCAGCAUUCCGCGAUAAAUCAACAUCGACUACGAUAUCAAACUAUAUUACAACCCAGAUGGGAUU